AUGGAAGGUGCCAGUUCUGGUGAUUUUAGACCAACCUUUUACAAUCCUUUCGAAAUUAAGCACCGCAGACGUACUUCUCGCGCUCAACUGAAAGUCCUUGAAAAAUCAUUUCUUGAAAACCCCAAACCCAACGCUACAGUUCGUCGUAUUCUUGCUCAAAAGUUAGAUAUGACACCCCGUGGUGUACAAAUUUGGUUUCAAAACAGAAGAGCUAAAGCAAAGCUUCAAAGACGCAAGUCUGGAGAAGAUCAUCAAGAAGACCAUCUUCAACAACAUCAACAACAGCAAAACGACUCACCAGUUCUUUUUUCUCAAUUCUUCAAUAAUCUUAAAGCUUGGGAUAACAGUGCAAGAUCAAUUGCCAAUGUCGCUGCUGCUUCUUGCAUGUUUGAUUCAAAUCCCGAUAAUAUGUUGCUGGAUCAACAACAUUCAUCAUCUGUCAAAAUCGAUGAAUGGCUUAAAUUACCCAUCCAUCCUCUUGCUCCUGUCAUUGAUGGCUCCGAUGAUUUUGAUUUCUCUUCUUCUCCCAUCAUGAGCUCUGAAGAAUGGCGAAGAAAAUCUUGUCCUGCUCUCGGUACAAGAAUACCACAAGAUUCCAAUGACGCUUGGGCUGGAAUGAAUAACUACCAUAUUGAUAAUAGCAAUAGACGUAUGACUGAAGAUUUGUUACUCUCCAACAACCGAUUCGUACAACCUUACCCAGUCAUGAAAUCCACACCAACUAAUAGCGAUGAUGGUACACCCAGAUGGAAUAAUACUCCAAUUACUUCUAGCAUGGAUUUCUAUUCUGGUUUGAACUAUUCGCCUAUGUCUCAACAGUUGACACCAAUGCUUUCUACUGGUUCACCUGUUUCUUCUGUUGAUGGUAACUAUUAUGAUUCUUGUCUUGACUUGAUCAUGUCUUCAUCAUCUGCCUCCUCAUUGGUUUAA